UCUUGCUUGUUUUGAGUCUCGAUGAACCUGUAUUUGAACUUCACAACAUUUCCUACGAUGUGGCGCCGUUUGGCGGAUUAAUCGUUUUACCCUGAGAGGAAAUGGCCAAAGACCGAGCGGAGUCGGACGGAGACAUGGAGGGAGACUCCGGUAAAGUCAGUCCGCUGGUGGGUGAAGACCAGUUCAAGGCGUCCUGCGCCAAAGAGAUGGCUCUGCUCGCUCUGAUGGAGCAGACCGGCUACAACAUGGUGCAGGAGAACGGGCAGAGGAAGUACGGAGGACCUCCGCCAGGCUGGGAGGGUCCGCCCCCCCCGCGGGGCUGCGAGGUCUUCGUAGGGAAGAUCCCCAGAGACCUGUAUGAAGACAAGCUGGUGCCUCUGUUUGAGCGAGCAGGAAGGAUCUACGAGUUCAGGCUGAUGAUGGAGUUCAGCGGAGAGAACCGCGGCUACGCCUUCGUCAUGUACACCAACAGAGAAGCAGCUCAGAGAGCCAUCCAGAUGCUGGACAACUACGAGAUCCGGCCGGGGAAGUUCAUCGGAGUGUGUGUGAGUCUGGAUAACUGCCGCCUCUUCAUCGGCUCCAUCCCCAAAGACAAGAGGAAGGACGAGAUCAUGGACGAGAUGAAGAAGGUGACGGACGGCGUGGUGGAUGUGAUCGUGUAUCCCAGCUCCACAGACAAGAGCAGGAAUCGAGGUUUCGCCUUUGUCGAGUACGAGUCCCACAAAGCAGCAGCCAUGGCGAGGAGGAAGCUCAUACCUGGAACCUUCCAGCUGUGGGGUCACUCCAUCCAGGUGGACUGGGCUGAGCCGGAGAAAGACGUGGACGAGGAGGUCAUGCAGCGCGUCAGAGUCCUUUAUGUGCGUAACCUGAUGCUGAGCACCAGUGAAGAGACCCUCCAUCAGGAGUUCUCGCGCUUCAAGCCCGGCUCGGUGGAGCGCGUCAAGAAGCUCACCGACUACGCCUUCGUCCACUACCGCUGCCGCGACGACGCCGUCACCGCGCUCGGCUUGAUGAACGGAGCCCAGAUCGACGGGGCCACCGUGGAGGUGACGCUGGCCAAACCAGCAGGGAUCAAAGACGGGGGUGUGGCCGUGAGGAGGUACUACAGCAGGGGGUACCUGGGAAACAACGGAGGAGCAGGAGGAGGAGGAGGAGGAGGAGCAGGAGGGAACGGGACGUUCUCUCCUCACAGGAAUGAUGGAGGGAUGAUGGGAGGAGCUGGAGACGGAUGCUCUCCGCUCAGGCCUGUGUCCCUGCCGCCUCGCCUGGGAAACCCCUUCUACCCAGGAGCAGCAGGAGCAGAUGACCUGGACAGGUGUGUGUUCCCCCUGUUCCCCGGCACCCCCCUCUCCCCCACCAGCCUGCUGUCUCUGAAGCCCAGUCAGAUCGGCUCGGCUGCCAGCCUCCUCGACUUCUACUGCCGCAAGAACUGCUGGUCUCAGCCCGAGUACCACCUGUACUCCACACCUGGACAGGACGGGAAGCUGCUGCUCAUCUACAAGGUUGUGAUACCGUCCACACGAAGCACCUACAUCCCAGACAAGCUGUGUGUGCUGCUGGAUGACGCCAAAGAGCUGGCUGCACAGACCACCCUGUGGAACCUGGACUCGUCCCUCAUGAGCGGAGCUUCCUGCGACUCUCCCAGCAGCUCCUCCCCUCCCCUCGCCAUCCCCCCCUCUGCCAGUCCUGGGGUCGUGACCUGCAGCGGCAGGGCCUUCGCCUCCUGCCUCCCUCCCCCUGCCCCGCCCUCGCCCUUCCCCCUCUCAUCUCUCUCCACACUCACCCCCCCCGCCUCCCAAACACAGAGGCUCUACAUCAGCUCCCAGUCGCCUUUCUACUGACGGAGGACUUCUCUGAGAGUCGGCAGUGAGAGGACAGAGGACAGGAGACGAGGCGAAUCAAGGGGAGGCAGCGGAGAAAGGGAAGGACCUUCUUUAUUAUGACUAUGCUUCCAAAUAUUUCCCUGUUUCUGUAACGCUCUGCCCCUGGCCGACGCUCAGAGCACCGCCAUUUUUCCCUCCAGACGUUCAGCACAGAGGGACGAACAGAGACACGUUCGUCUCUUCCAUCUGUUUGUUUCAUCUCCCUCUAUUUUCAGCUUUUAUCUCGGUUAGAGAUGAAGGGAGGGAGAGGAGGACAAUAUUUAGUUUCUGACGAGCAGCUCUGCUUCUUUUCUCCAUCACCUGCUGAUAAACUGAGACAGAACAAUAAAAGACAGAGUUUAGAUUUCACAAAAAGGCAGAAAUCUGACAGAUAAAACGUCUUCUGGUAAAUGUCAGCCUCCCUCUCUGCUGUCGUUUACACUUCCCAUAAUGCCACAGCAGGGACACAGACAUCUUACUCAGACUUUUCUACCAACAGUUUGUUGUUUUGUCUUUUUGUCUCAGGACCUGAUGAUUUCGUAACAAAUGUAUACCAACAGUAGAACAGAAAAUGUGUAUUUUUCAAGCAUGAAGAGAAACAGACGAUCUUUUCCUCCACUAUACUUAAACCUAGAAUACAACAAGUUCUACAGGCGUUAAUGUGGUUUUCAGAUAAAACGUUCAGCUGUUCAGACCCAUGACUUAAAGAAUAGAAAGAGAUUUUUUUUCCACUACAUUAGAGUCUGAUUUCCAUUUCCUUUCAUCCUCCCGCUACACCACUCAUCUCCAGAGAGAGCUAAAAACAAAGAAGGACGAGGGAGGGAGGGCAGGGCGGCUUAUCUUUCUUCUUCUUCUAAAGGAGUGUUUGUAGCCACAAACUCCCUUUCAUGUUUGUGUUAACCUGAGUUAUGUGAGGGGAGGAGGAAACACCUUAAAGCCAGAUGUAAGCGUCCAACGUCUCCUGGUUAUCUGAGGAACAGCAGCUCGUUUCAGGGAUGUUUUCAGCCUCUGGUCAUCGCAGACGAAUCAGAACGUUUAAGGGGAAAAAAGAAAGGCGGGAAGUUUUUCCAUGUUUCCUAGUUUGCCUGACCCACUUCCUGCUCGUGAGUCUGUAGAUCUGGUCAUUUGAAGGAAAAAAAAAACCUUUGAGGGAUUUCAGAUGUUUUUCCUCCAGAUCCUUUUUUCUUGUUGGUGUUUUAGACUCAUUUAAAUCACAUUGGCUGAGAAGAGUUAAAAGGAGCGCGGCGUCAUUAGAUGUGUUUUUCCAUGUUUCCUACUUCACCCGGCUUCAUGGUUCGUCUGUGUGUUUCCACAUGAGGAAACUGAGGAGAACGAGGCCGAAUCUGGAAGUUUCUCAAUCAGUUUCUCAGACUUUUAUUUUAGUUUGUAGAUCAGUUUCAGUUCAGCACUUUCUCCACACAAUUAACACCCGACUACAGAGGAAACUUCUAUGGAGGAAACUUCACAGGAAAUGAUCAGAAAGUUUAUGUAAAACAAAGUGUUAAAGACGUUUCCUUAUAUUUCACUUUCACAGCAAAAUAAAUUAGUUUAAUGAAUCAAAAGUCUUCACCAUCAUCUGCCCACCAGAUUGGUUUUCUUAGAAAACGGUUUGAAACAGCAUUUAAACCUUUAUUUAAAAAAAAAAAAAGAUUUACAGAAAAUAUAGAUUUGUAGUUAAAUGAGUAAAAUCUAAAAAAUGUAAAUAUUUUCCUUUUGCUGUCUGAGCUGGAGAGCAGGAGUUUAUUUCUUUAUCAGAGGACGAGGAAUUAGAAGCAGAGUCACUCGUCAUGUAGUUGUUUCAUUCACAGAAAGAGACGAGUUUAGUUGUUAAUGAGUUUUCACUCUGGUCUAAUGGUUUGAAUAAGAUUUACUGGUUUGUGUUAAUGUCUUGUUGAUGAUUCAGAAUCUCUGAGGCUCUGAAUGACUUUAUAUGUGAAUGUGUUUUAUGUCACCUUUAAAGUCAGACUGGGAAUGUUUUAUGAUCCUUUAAUCCACUUUCUGUUUCUUUCUGCUGGUUUAAAGUUUCUCAAGUUUUGUUCAGACAUUUUGUUCUCAGGCUGAAAAAAUAGACUUUUUUUAUUUGUCUUUAAAAAUGACAGAGAUUAUUUUAGAUUCAGGUCAUGAUUUAUCCCUGUUGUCAUUUUAUUCAGUGAAUUAACAAAAACAAACCUGUUUUUAAUUUGAAAUUGGAAUCGGUUCAGUGAUUAAAAAUGAAAAAAUUAUAAUAACAAAUGAUAAUAAAACAAAAAAUGAAUGCUUAUUUAUUUUAACAAACCAGAUAUCCAAACCUAAUCAAAAGCAGAAAUCAGGGAAUCUGCACUAUAUAAAUACAUACAUAAAAUACGUCACAUCCACUUUAAAUAGAAACAGAAUAAAGAGUUUGAUUAAAACGUGAGAACCCAGCCUUAAACUGUAACAGUAAAGAAGAAAACAUGAGUUAUUGUUGAAGUGAUGUGAGGUUUUGUCUGUGGUUUAGAAACAGAUAAAGCUUCAGGUAACUUCUGUACGUUCCGUACGUCAGGACACAUUCACAGUGUUUGGGAAUAAAACUUUACCACUGCU